CAGACACAAACAGAGAACAGAGAGGGAGGUGAAAUACACGUGCAGCACUCCAGACCUGAUCCUGUCAAACUCUGCACCAUGAGGCUCAUCACGCUCUUCUUCCUGGUGAUCGGAUCCUGCGUCUGUCUCACUCUGGCACAAGGCAUCUAUGAAGACUGCUGUUUGAGGUAUGUGAGGCAUCUUAGCAAAGGCAUUCAGAGACAUGCAGUGAAGUACAGAUUUCAGGUGCCGGAUGGAGACUGCAACCUCUCAGCUGUGAUCUUCAAGAUGAGAAGGGGCCGGGAAUUUUGCACAGACCCCCGAGAGACAUGGGUCCUUGAUCUGAUGAAAAAGGUGGAUAACAAAAAGCUACACAGGGAGGACAAAAAGAGGCGCCACGCAGAUCGACUCAGUGGCUGAGCGAGGCUCGCUACAGUGCCCGCCAUUCUUCUCACCCUCAUCACUCUCAUCUGAGCUGGUCUUACCGUAAAGCAACAAACAGUUUUAUGGCGUCUUACGGGAAGGCUGGUCAAGGAGUUCACCAGCGUUACUUUUGCUUUUACUCUGGCUGAAGCAAAGUUCACUUAGGGUUGGACUGCUGAACUGUAAAGCUCGUAUCAAUGUUUAUAACACCAUGGCUGCUUUACUCUGAAAACUUGUGGUUGUUUUCCUGCCUUUGGAGGCCUUGGAUAUUCAAUAAGCUGCUUAAUUUACGGUGAUGGAGUGUAAAUUAGUAAUUAUUACGAUAGAGUUUGUUUAUUGCAUGUGUUCAUAUUUUAAUGGUAAACCAAAAUUGUCAAAUGUAAACUUAAGAUUUUUCUGUUUUUAUUAUGUAUUCUUUUAUAUUCUAUCGAAUAUAUUCUGAACGUGUCCGGACUCACCAUCACGUCCCGGAUGAGAAAAUACAGCCCAAAUGUCAUUAAAGUACUCACUCAAGUGUAUUAUAUAAAAAUGGUGCUGUUUGAGCCUUAGAUAGAACAAAACAUAUGAUUGAACUAAGAGCCAGAAAAAAACAGCAUGUCUGAAGGGGCAUGCAUGCAUUUUAUUGCCUUCCUUCCAUUUGAUAGCAUGCAAAUUGUGACUAUUUUGUAGAGAUUUUAAGUAAUCAAACAGAAACAAAGAGUGAAAUAAAAUAACCACGGUUGUAUUCCCUCUUAGUGCUCACAUAAAACAUAUAUUUUUUGCCAGAUUAUAAUUUUUUUUCUGGGCAAACAUUCAUGAUCCACUGAAAGCAGCUCCACCACCCACUUUUUGGUCCUUACUCACUACUAAAGAACCACUGCUAGAAGCAGUUUGAAUCUCUGGAAGCCCCAAGUGGACAUACGUAUGUGCAUAAAUUAACCUUAUAACUACAGUCCUGGGUUUUCUGACUGAUUUAUGUCAUCUUGCUGUUUCCCUAUGACAUAAUAUCUUAAAUUAUUUGGGGGGAAAAGGACUGAAAUGAACUCAUUAUGACUGGAAUACUAGCAUUGCUGUCUGAAUAUAACAGGAUAAGUCCAGAACAAGUGAAAUAAUUUGUUAAUACUGGAAAACAAGGUAAAAUAAAUGUAAGGAUGUAAUUCUCAUAUUUUCAUACAUUUAAAAUGCAGAUUUUAUUUGAGUGUAUAUUCCUUUGAGAGAUUCUAAACA